GCGGUUAAAGGAGCUACAGAAUCAGAAGAGUACUCUGUGGAGCAGCGAGAGUAGCACCAUCACUUGCACAAACACUCCCGAGAAUGGUGGCCAUGGGCGGCACCACCACCAAGAGAAUAGAAACUUACGAAGAGUUCGUGAAAGUUCACGCGCUGCCACUCGCGGCGUCAGGGUUGCCGGAGACACUGCACCGCCGACUUUUCGAGAAGCUAUCUGGCGAGACCUUCGACGGCGGCGACCACUUCCAGAUCGAGCCAUGCGAAGAAGGUCGUCAGAGGCUCCUCGUUCUCACCUCGGAAUCCAUGGGGAAGGACUCCAACGUCUUCCUGAUCGAUCACGCAUGGACUUUCAGACUCUCCGACGCAUAUAAGCAGCUGCAUGAGGUUCCAGGAUUGGCGGAGAGGAUGGGUUCCUUGAUGUGUGUGGAUAUUGACGUGAAUUUGAAUGGCAAUGAUGAUGGUGAUGCUGAAGCUGAAGUGAAUGGUGAGCGUGGUGUUGUGGAUAUUUUGGAGAGUGAUGUUCGAGAAGCAAAAGAGAAAGGAGAUGGCACGUUGAGAUGGUUGGAGCUUGAAGGGCUUGACAUUGAUGAUGAAAUGCUUCUUUCUCUAGCUUUGCCUAAUAGGUUUCCGAAUUUAGUGGCACUUAGCUUGUUUGGAAACAAGCUCAACAGAGCUGAAGUAGUUGUUCAAGAAGUUGUCAAAUUUAAGCAUCUUAAAGGACUCUGGCUCAACAAUAACCCGGUUCUUAAAAAUUGUGAUGGUGAGCUUGUAGAUGUAAUUCUUAAGGAGUUGCCAGAACUAGAAAUAUAUAAUUCAAGCUUCACAAGCAAUUUUGGGGAGUGGGCCUUGGGCUUUUGUGCAGGGAUAUAUGGAAAGGAUAACCCUGGAAAUGCUGAUCAGGCUGACAAUACACUGCACAGUGUGUCUACUCUUGACCUUUCAAAUAGAAGCAUUCCCAAUUUAAUCAACGAGGCAUUUUCACCCAUUUGUUUGCCAUCUCUUUCAUACUUGAACAUACGUGGAAAUCCAUUGGAGCAAAACUCAGUUGGUGACUUGUUAGAUCUGCUGAGGAGAUUCCCUUGCUUACGUUCAUUGGAGGUGGAUAUUCCUGGUCCACUUGGAGGGAGUGCCGUUAAAAUUCUGGAAUCUCUUCCGAACAUUUCUGAGCUAAAUGGUAUCAGUGCAUCUAAAAUACUGGAAACUGGAAAGCAUGUUAUUGAUUCCAUGCUUCUUCCUCGACUUCCUGAAUGGACUCCUGAUGAGCCACUUGCGGACCGUAUUAUAAAUGCAAUGUGGCAAUAUCUAAUGACUUAUAGACUUGCAGAUGAAGAAAAGUUAGAUGAAACAUCUGUAUGGUAUGUGAUGGAUGAACUAGGUUCAGCUUUACGGCAUAGUGACAAGCCAAAUUUCAGAGUGGCACCUUUUCUUUUCAUGCCAGAGGGCAAUCUGGCAUCGGCUGUAAGCUUUUCUAUUCUAUGGCCAACGCAGAAUGUUCAGAAGGAUGAUGAAUGCACUCGUGAUUUUCUUCUUGGUAUUGGGGAGGAUAAACAACGUUCUGCCAGGCUUACUGCAUGGUUCCACACGCCACAUAACUAUUUUAUUCAAGCAUAUGAGAAGCACAAUCAGAAAUUGCAAUCCACGAGUUUAUUACCUCCCACUAUUCAGUCUUCCGGGAGAAGUAUUUGUCAACCUGAUAGGUGUCCUUUGCGUGUUUACACAGAUAUACCUCAUGUAGAGGAAUACUUGACACAUCCUGAGUUUGCAAUCACAAAGGAACCAAAAGAUGCAGAUAUAAUAUGGACAAGUGUGCAGGUAGAUGAGGAUACCAAAAGGGCCACGGGAAUAACGGAUCAGCAAUACAUUAAUCAAUUUCCUUUUGAGGCAUGUCUUGUUAUGAAACAUCAUUUAGCAGAGACAAUUCAGAAGGCACAUGGAUCUCCUCAAUGGUUGCAGCCUACUUAUAAUCUUGAAACACAUCUGUCUCAACUUAUUGGUGACUAUUGUGUACGCAAAAGAGAAGGACUAGACAAUCUUUGGAUCUUGAAACCCUGGAACAUGGCCCGAACUAUUGAUACUACUGUAACUGAUAAUUUACCUGCAAUAAUCCGGCUCAUGGAAACUGGUCCUAAGAUUUGCCAGAAGUAUAUUGAACAACCUGCUUUGUUCCAAGGGAAAAAGUUUGAUCUCCGUUACAUAGUACUGGUUCGGAGCAUGCACCCUUUGGAGAUAUUCCUGUCAGAUUGUUUCUGGGUUAGGAUAGCCAACAACCAAUAUUCUUUGGACCGAAGUAGUUUUUUUGAAUAUGAAACUCACUUCACUGUUAUGAAUUAUCGCGGAAGAUUAAAUCACAAGAAUGUUCAGGAUUUUGUGAGGGAAUUCGAAGAAGAACAUCAAGUUAAAUGGUUGGACAUACAUGCAAGAGUAAGGAAUAUGAUUCGAUCAGUGUUUGAAGCAGCAGCUGCUGCACAUCCUGAGAUGCAUAGUCCAACAUCAAGGGCAAUGUACGGGGUAGAUGUCAUGUUGGACAGCUCUUUCCAACCUAAGUUAUUAGAGGUGACUUACUGCCCGGACUGUACAAGAGCUUGCAAAUAUGAUAUGGAGAUUGUGGUUGGAGAGGGAGGUGUUGCUAAGGGUUGUGAUUUCUUCAACAAUGUGUUCAGGUGUCUCUUCUUGAAUGAAUUUUCACAGGUUAGCCCAUUGUAACACAAUAGAAAGGUUUGUGUAAUGCUUUUUCUCGUGGGCUAAGUGGUUUGGGCAAUGCCGUGCAUGCCUUAAUUUUCCUUUGCUUAGAGAUGGUAAAAAGGAACACUUUUGAGCACUACUGUUAUUUUCCUCGAAGAAUAUGCGGGAAACUAGUAACUAUGCAGCAACGAUCAAUAUUGAGCCACCUUUUGAUUAACGUUUAGAAUUCCGUUGGCUUGCGUUUGGUUUUUGUUUUUAUCGAACAUUGAAGUUAAAUUGUACAGACUUCCUUCGCUGCAACGCAAUUUUUUUU